CCGCCAGCUCGCCUCACUUAUGGGUCGGAAGCGCUGCGUGAGGGAGACUGUUCCAAGAUGGCGGCGGGUUGCUGUGGGGUGAAGAAGCAGAAACUGUCCAGUUCGCCCCCCUCAGGCUCGGGCGGUGGUGGUGGCGCCUCCUCCUCCUCCCACUGCAGCGGGGAGAGCCAGUGCCGAGCCGGGGAGCUAGGACUAGGAGGCGCCGGGACGCGGCUCAACGGGCUGGGCGGGCUGAGCGGCGGCGGUGGCGGCGGCGGCUGUAACCUCUCUCCCCCCCAGGGCUGCGGCGGCGGCGGGGGCAUCUCGCUGUCUCCACCUCUGAGCUGCGGAGUGGGAACCCUACUUUCUACUUCGGCCGCCGCCACCGCCUCCUCGCCGUCCUCCUUGUCCUCAUCCCCGGGCUCCCGGAAGAUGGUGGUGUCAGCGGAGAUGUGCUGCUUUUGCUUCGAUGUGCUCUACUGUCACCUGUAUGGAUACCAGCAGCCCCGGACCCCCCGCUUCACCAACGAGCCCUACCCACUGUUUGUAACAUGGAAGAUUGGUCGAGACAAAAGAUUGCGUGGAUGCAUAGGGACUUUUUCUGCCAUGAAUUUGCAUUCAGGACUCAGGGAGUACACACUUACCAGUGCCCUUAAAGACAGCCGUUUUCCACCAAUGACAAGGGAUGAGCUGCCACGGCUUUUCUGCUCGGUGUCUCUGCUCACUAACUUUGAAGAUGUCUGUGACUAUUUGGACUGGGAGGUGGGUGUGCAUGGCAUUAGAAUAGAAUUCAUCAAUGAAAAAGGAUCAAAACGCACCGCCACCUACCUACCGGAGGUUGCAAAGGAGCAAGGAUGGGACCAUAUUCAGACCAUAGACUCCUUACUGAGAAAAGGAGGAUACAAAGCUCCAAUUACUAAUGAAUUCAGGAAAACCAUAAAGCUGACCAGGUACCGCAGUGAAAAGAUGACCUUGAGUUAUGCUGAAUACCUUGCUCACCGCCAGCAUCAUCACUUCCAAAAUGGCAUUGGGCAUCCCCUUCCGCCAUACAACCAUUAUUCCUGACACUGAGCCGCACAACCAGUCACUGGGCCUCUCUGCAGACCUCUUCCCAGGAGACCCUACACCUUCUUGGUCUAGCUAUCUCUUUUACUGUACUAUUUUAUGAUGAUAGUUUCCGUUGCCAUGGUGAAGCUUCAACAUUGUGAGUUAAGUGCAUCAUGGUAACGGGUAGGAGAAUGGUGUUCGUUAAGAAGAUUCUGUUUUGUUAUUUUAGAUCACUGAUUUUUUUUCUUUUACUUUUCUUUUUCUUUUUCUUUCUUUCUUUUUUUUUAGUAGCACAUACAGCUUUUGGAGUUUUCUUUCUUUAAAAUAUUAGGUAUAUUUUUGCUUUGCUAUCUCAAACAGGUUUCUGUCUUUUUUCUUUUCUUUUUUCCUUUUUUUUUUGUUUCCUCCUUUAUUUGACUGUGGAUGGAAGAAAGUAUGCAGUUUUUGAGGAUUUAUUAGGUUUGCCUUUAGUAUUCUUCAGUAAGAUAGACAUUUUUUGAUAGCUGAGUUGGAGAUUAAUUCAUAACAAAUUCAGGUAUUUGUAUAUUUCUCUUCUCUUUGUUAUGACAGAUUAGUACGUGGGUCAAGUACACAUUUUUCCCAUAGUUAAAAUAAGUGAGCUUUAGUUUAAGUAAUGAACAUUUGAAGGUCAGUGAUAGGGCUUGUCACAGAGAGCAAGAAACCGUGUACGCCUUCUGUGCUGGUUAUUGUAGAAGAGACUGCCUCGUGCUAUAAAAUCACUUUACAAACUAAAACACUGUUUUAGGAAAACACGAGCUACCUUUCAAAUGGGCUGCAGAAAUCAUUUUGAAAGGCAGCAGAUAUUAAGAAGAGAUCAGAUGCAGAAUUUAGUGCCUUGGAGAAGACUAUAAUUAAGUCAAAUUAAGAGGGGUAUAAAAAGGCAAUUUAGAGAAAUAUUCUUAUAAAAUUUUAUUGUUUCUAUAUAAGAAACAGCACAUUAAACAAAUUCCUUACUCCAAAGUAUUUUUUUAGCUGAAAAAAAAAUAUUUUGAGCAAAUAACCAAAAAGACAUUUGUCUAUUUUGUAUUAAUUUAAAUUUAUUAGCUUUAAGUUUCAAUGAGUCAUAAUUGGUCAGAGACAACUUUAGCUACUAUCUAAGAUGUGAUAAAGAUAAUCUAGUAAAACAAGUUCAUACACACUAUGAUUUCAGAUUUGUCUACAUGGAGUCAAUGCUGAGUUUCAGAGAUACUAUAAAGAGUUUAAAUCUCUUUCUGCACUAUAUACUUUUAAUAGAAACACAUUUCUAUGUUGACAGAUGUUGUGUUGGACCUGCAAAGAUGGCAUUCACAAGUAAAAACAAGGAAAUCAUAAAAUUUUCAGGCAAAUGAUGGAAACUAGAGAAGAUCAUCCUGAGUGAGGUAUCCCAGAAGUAGAAAGACACACAUGGUAUACACUCACGUAUAAGUGGAUAUUAGACAUAUAAUAUAGGAUAAUCAUAGUAAAGUCUGUACACCUACAGAAGCUAAGCAAGAAGCAGAUAUGUUAAUAAGAGCCCAGCUCAUUUUCAGAGCUUUUCCUCCCAUAGCACAAUAAAAGAGAGGUUACUGAUGUCAAUGGGAAACCCUUAUGUUUAUCCCCACGAAAGCCCACAGAUGAUUCUGGCAAAAGAUGACCUUUGUUUAUGGUAGUGUGUGUGUGUGUGUGUGUAUGUGUGUGUGCGCGCACACACACAUACACACACACAUGUAUAUAUAAGUAUAUAUGUAUAUAUAGAUAUUUGGGAAAUAUAUAAUUUUUUCAAACAGGAAGUCAAUAUAACAAGUGAUGAGUGAAAUUAUGCUGCAGAAUAUAUAUUCUAAAACUAUGACAUACAGGUGAUUAUUGAAAUGGUCAAGCUUAUACAUUUAAAUGCUGUGACAAGUGACAGACUGGUAGUUCGAAAAUCCUUUUUUUAGGUAAUUGGCUGAAUUCAUUCUCCUUGCCAACAGGGCAAAGAACACAGCUUCAGUUUUUUAUGGGAGUUCUUCAAAGUUUGGAAUUCCUUCAUCCACAGCAACCAUUGGUGAAGUAACCAUUUUAAGUUAUGAUGCCUUAACUAAGAAGCCAGUUGCUAGCCUGAAAGGCAGUCUCAGUAGCCAGUUACAUUGAAUGCAGAAAAAAACAUAAGCUGCUGGGCUUUAGAACAAAUGAACAAGCUUUUGUAGGUUCUGUUGUUUCUACUUGGACACAUUGUGGGGAUAGAGUAGUCUUUCAGUAUAAAAAGCAAGUGGCUACCUGACAUUUCUUGCCCUUAUAGGGAAAGUGAGCACAAGCUGAAUUGUAUUGUCUGCUGAAAAAAAAAAGAAAAAGAAAAGAUAAAUAGAAAGGAAAGAAAAAAGUAAAUGUAAUAUACAAACUGAAGAGAGGCAGAAUAGACCAAUAUUGUUGUGAAAUCUCUUAUCCAUCAUCUCAUCAUUUCAACAGCUCCCCAUCCUGGGUGAGCUUAUGGCUAUUUUUGGUUUUUUGUUGUUGUUGCUGUUGUUUUUAAAGAAAAGAUCUAUCACAUACAUAUAUGCAUGUAUGUUACAUAUACUUACACAUGCAUACAUGCAUAUGUGUGUGCUCAUGUAUUUAAUGGUGCUAAUCAAUCUUGAGCAGGUCACGUGACUGGUCAUGCGGACUCUAAAAUCAUAUCAGAUUUUUUUAAAUCCUUGAUAUAUGCAGAUGUUAUACAGAUUUUCUUACCAGUGUAAUAAUGUUAUACUGAAGAAUAACCAUCCUGCAGGCUUCAAAGGACGAGGUCAGCAAUAUUUCCCACCAUGGCUUGGGGGAAAAGGAUAGUUUUGUCUCCUUUUGUAUUCAAGUUGAUGCACAGUGCAUUUUGUGUCUAAGUAACUGUUGACUAAAAGACUUUGUAGUGUAAAGGGUGUUAUACAAACUAUAAUGGUGUGCUUCAAACAAAAAAAUGCUAGGCCCUUUCACUUUUGUUGUAUAUUACGAAGCUGUUAAAUAUGUGGUUUGAAAUACCUUUGAACAUGUGGAAAUAUGUAGCAUGUGUCUUUAACUCAGACAAAGAUUCUAAUUGCACAAGUUGUGUUCUAGCCAGUUGUGGUUUAUUUGUUCAGAAACACAAAUGUGAAUUGCACUCUUUAUCACCAGAAUAUUGUGUAAGUUCCGUGAUCUUUAAACAGCUCAGAAGUAAUACUUGAACUUCAAUUGAGUAGCACAAAGUUUACAGAGCCCCUUUUAAAUGUUAAUUAGUUCCAGUUAAGUUUUACUUUUUUUUUUCUUUUUCCAAAUGCAACUGGGUAUUUUCUUGGAAAACAGUGUGUAUUUUAUUUUGCUACGUAGCAAAAGGCUUCCACUUCUGGAAGAUGUUAUUGUUCUUAAACAAGGUCAGCCAGGUACCAGAUUCUAAAAGAACACCCCCACCCCCUUAAGUGGCCUUCUGAUUGCACAAAUGUGCUGCUACCCUCUCCAAUCUCCCCUAUCCUGAGGAGGUCAGUAAAAGUGAUGGAGGAAGUGCAAGGCUUGCUCUCCCAACCCUCACCCCCAUCCCUUACCCAGGAUGUCCAGUCCAAUGCAAAUGGUUCCAUUGCACACAUACAGCACACCGGAAGUUUGUAUACUGGCCUCUUUUCCUGUCUUCAAAUGUGCAAGAAUUCGAAAUUGUCAUCUGGAAUAGGUUCCAUCUUUUAUGUGUGUUAGAUCAAACCAAAGAAGCCCCCAGCCAUGCCCAAAUGCUGCUCCAAAAGCCUGCCUUCCAGUCCUUACAAAAACCUUGCAGGAUUAAAUGUGUUAACUUUUUUAUUUUUGUACAGUUUCUAAGUGAUUUUUUGCUAGUGAUGUUAAACUGAAUUAAGUUUAUUUGAGGAGUGUGAGCACCUCCUCCGUUUAAAUAAACUGGUGACUUUCCUUUCAUUUUUUACAAGUGGAAACCCAUUGUGUGCCUCUCAAUUUAAGGGUUUCUGAUUACAUUAUUCUUAAGACCAGCAUUGAUCCUUUAUAUACAAAGAUAUGUUUUCCUUGUUUUUUAUUACUGUUUCAGAAGAAAAUGAACCUUUUAUUUUGCUCCAGACCCAGUAACUGCGCUGGUACAUAGACGCACUGAAAAAAAGAAAACUAAACAAACAAAAAUACUUUUGUAACCACCUCUGACUGCUUUUGUAUAUCAAAGUUGAUUACUUUUGAGAUAUUUGGAUCUAGUUUCUAAGUUAUUUUAAUGUUUUAUAUGUUCCCCAAAAUUACUUUAAAUCAGUCACCAGCAUAAAAAAAUUUUGAUGAUGCAAUGGUGAGACUUGUAAUGAGCAAAAAGCUACCUGGAGUAGCUCUUCCUUCUUCUUAGUAACCUGGUUUUUUUGAUUAGACUGGGACAUCACGGAUUAUCUGAAACCCUUUCCUUAUAACUAGGUCCUCCCUCCUUCCACAUUGAAUUGCUUACUAGUUUGAAGAAGCUAUUGGAAGUGGGCAUUUUAUAUGACAUGUAUGGCUUUAAAAUAUUAAAAAUGAAGAAAAAAGAAAAAAAAUUAAAAGGUUUAUGUGGGUCUGUAAGGUAUGGCUGUGGAAAGAUAUUGUAGUAGUUUUUGACACUAUUGUUAUUACCUUUAAAAUCAUUUACCCAAUAAAAUGUUAAAACUGAA